CAUGCCCUUUGCGCCCACAUGCUCCCCUCCUUUCACCUGCGAGUGCGACCAGACCAGAGUCACAAAGCCAGUGAGAGCAGCCAGUGUGUGUGUGAAGCUGUGAAAUACCAGUCCCAAACCGGCUUUCGCUCACAUGCCGCUACUGCCAGUCCCGUCGACGCACGCUAGCUAGCUCCCUCCCUUCCUGCCUCACUCGCUCUCAAGCUCACCCACAGUGCUAGCUCACUUCAUCCACAAGCUGAAUCGCCGAGCACCAGCAGUGACCACUGACCAGCGACUGCUCUGGCUCGCCGCACUGUCUGCGCGGCGUUCAUGGGCGCCGGUGAGGCCGGUGGCUUGUGAGAUCCGGCGGCAAAGGAAGGAAGGCGAGGCGAGCUGAGCUGCUCUUGCUGGCCGGUUCUUGCAUGGCAACAGCCCGAUGCGCCGGAGGAUGGAGUGCUCCUGCGCGGGUGCUGGUGCUCCUCCUCUGCGCUCUCCUCUGCGCCAUUGCGCUCGUCGCCGUCGUGCCGCUCGCAGCGCCCCCGGGAGAAGGCGCGGCGAGCCUGCCUCGUGCCGCAUCGUCGUCGUUCCCGGUGGCGGCAGGUGGCCGGCGCGCUUCCGCGGGACCUGGGAGGUCCCGCGCCCGGAGAUGGAACUCGGCGGGGCUCGUCGACAGCAAGCAUGAGGUCCCGAGCGGCCCCAACCCGGACUCCAAUAGGUAGAUAGAGAUAAAUCCGUAUCCGUCUCAGCCAUUGUUGCUCUGCUUUCAAUCAUCUUUGGCAGCGUACGUACGCUUCAUUCUCCUGUAACUUCUGUUAGCCUCCGCUGGUAACAUUUGUUGAUCAUAUCUUGAUAAGAGAAUCGAUGGAUGUGCAAAUAGUA